CCUUUGUUCUGUCUUUCCUUCGAACGGGGCAUUCAAGGGCGGUGCUUGGCAAUGAGGGAUCCGCUGAGGAUCCGCCUGGUUUUCGAUGAUCGCCAUCUCCUCACAAAGGGCCAGCGCUCGGAGUCGUUGAGGCGGUGUUGGUGCCUUCUCACUCCGGACAUCACCACCAUCAUUGACCUCGCUUCUCACAUCUCUCGCUUGUUUGACCUCCAUCGCUCCUGCCCUGAUGGUGUACUGCUCGUCAUGGAUGGCUUUGUCUUGCCUUCAUUUGAAUCAAGUUCCAUUAUUAGAGAUAAAGAUAUCAUCAGUGUGAGGAAAAAGACUGUUCAGUCGAGGAAGGUUGUUAACAUAGAAGAUCAUGAUGCACUUCAAAUUCAAGAUUGUGAGAUAGUGGAGAAACAAACUAUUGCUUGUGGUGACCAGCGUUUGGCCAUCAAGGAGCUCGAAGAAGAGUUGGAGGGACAUGAGAGUGAAAAUGAAGAGAAUGCAGAUGAUCAUCCUGAGAAAGCAAUAUCCGAGGAAACCCCUGUUGGUGUACAGAUAAACUCAAAGAGAAAAAAGCGUUCAAGUGAGGAUUUGGUACCAAGGAGAAAGAAAUUGAAACAAACCAGCUUCGAGGAAAUGAUUGAGGUUAGUGCGAGAGUUGAUGAAAUUCACAUAGAGCAUGAGGAAGUUUCUUUGAAAAAGAAAGCCAGAUCCAGCAAGAAUGGUCACAAGAAGGGGAAGGUACCUUCCAGUGAUUUUUCAUCUGAUGGAAUGACUACCCCUAAAGUUGGAGUUAAUGAUAAGAAUAUGGGUGGUUCUGUCACUUCAGAAGGGAGGGGAAAGAAAUUGAAAUCAAUUAGGCUUAAGGAAUUAAUUGGUGCCAGUGAAAGAGAUGAUGAAAUUCACUCAGAGAAGGAUGAAGAUUUUUCUAAAAAGAGAGGCGGUUCCAGGAAGAAUGACAAGAAGUGCAAGGUACCUCUUGGUGAUACUGUAUCUGAUGGCAUGUUUACCCCUGAAGUUGGAACUAGUGAUAAGAAUAAAGCUGGUUCUGUCACUUCAGAAGAGAGGCACAACCAAGUUGAAGGAGAAAUUGAAAUAAAUGGAUGUGAAGCACUCAGUGAAGGUGUCAGGAAGUCUCCAAGUCGGAGUGCACGUCGUAAGAAGGCAAGGAGAAAAUGGAAACAGUUAUUGUCUAAUUCUAAGAAGCAAGAGGACCCUGGAAAUGAUGUUCAGAUUACAUCUUCAAAAAAUCAAUCCUCAGAAACUCAAGGAAGGGAUCAAAUGGAGGAAAAUUUGAUGCAUCAGAUUACAGAACCUCAAAAUGUGGAACAGACUACUGAUAUGGUUGAAGAAGUAAUUCCCAUUGUAGUCCGUCCUGGGCAUAUUCGUUUUGAGCCAGUAGAUGCAGAACAUAGUACACAACAAACCAAUGGAAAAAUGGAGACCUUUCAUUGGAAUGGAAUCACCAACAAGAAAAAAGGCCAGAAGUGGGGCAGAGAGAAGGGUUCAUGGAGAAAUGGCAAUGAUGAUAAUGUCUGCACCGCAGAGGCUAAUGAGAUAAAUGAUGAAGUAUCAUUGGUGAAUGAUCAGAUAGACUUUGAGAAGCUAAAGCCAUUAACUUCCCAACCUAAGGAAGGUGAUGUCCUUGCUUAUCGUUUGGUUGAGUUAUCAUCAUCAUGGACUCCUGAACUUUCUUCAUUUCGGGUUGGGAAAGUAUCGUCAUAUGACCCCAUAUCGAAGAAUGUAAUCUUGCUACCUGUACCAAAUUUCCCAGUUUUUCCUGACAAGGAAAAAGAAGAAGAAGAAGAAGAAUUUUUAUGGCAAACGAGUGGCUCACUUUAUAAAGAGGAUGGCUCUUUAGAGAUUGAUUAUGCAUCACUAAUGGACGUCCGAGUUUUCAGACCGAACAAGCAACUGGUGCUCUCAAAUAGCAAGCAUGGAAACAUGACCAAGGAAACAAUAACUCGGAUCGGAGAUUUGAACCCCGUCUUGACUAACAAUAUUAAUGGGACAAUGAACCGGAAUGCAGAUAAGACACCGGAUAAUGAAUGGAAAGAAAUCAAGCAAGCCCUCGACGAGAAGAAAGAGCAACUUCUGAAGACGGAUUGUUCGAGUAGUUCCAAGAACUGCUCGACCGGUACUUGGUCUUACCGUGCAGUGAGAGGUUCUGCUCUCGGACCUACAAUUGCUCUUCUAAGAGCCGAAAAUGAUCGAUGAAGAGUCAUAUCUAUGUUCUCUUUAGUUCCAAAAUACUUGAUCAUGUAUGAUAUCUAAUGUUUACUUUCAGAGACUUAAAUGUUCUUGUUUGAUUUUUUAUUUGUUUUGUUUUUGUUUUUUUUUUUUAUAGAACUGCUGCAUUAUCAAUAUCCCUCCCUCACUAGUUAA